AUGUGCCAUUGUCAUCGGUUGGUAUUGCAGCGUUGUGCAAUUGUCAUCGGUUGGUACUGCAGCGUUGUGCAAUUGUCAUCGGUUGGUACUGCAGCGUUGUGCAAUUGUCAUCGGUUGGUAUUGCAGCGUUGUGCAAUUGUCAUCGGUUGGGAGCUUAACAUGAUGGGCCUUACGAGCAUUGACAGGGUACAUGAUGCCUGGAUGCAACUAUGCCUGGCAUUCACACUCAAUGCGGAUGGGUAUCGGUUGCUUUUAUCGCUUCUCAAAGCAACUCAAACAUCAACCCAGCAGAAAUCAGCAACCUCAUCAACUCGGAUGCGAGCCUGCGAUGUCUCGGACGGAGUUUUUUAUCGUUGGCGUUUUCUGUUUCCAAGGAAGAAGCUUUACCGUGAGGAUUGCGUUCCAGGAGACUAA